AUGUCGCUGAACGAAGUCUGGGAGGCAGCCUCCGCAAACCCUUUCUACCCUACUAUCUCCAAGGAUAGCCAGUUCUCCAUUGGCUUCAACUUGCUCCUCAUUGCCGUAUUUGCCGGUGGUCUAUUUGGACUGAACCGUUCUUUCCUGAGCCUCUUCACUCUGGGCGUCCCGGCCGCUUUAGCAACUGGAUUCGGAGCUGUGCUUAUGAUCUGUGCCGUCGGAGUCUAUGUUUAA